AUGGCCGAUGAAAAAUUCUGCAAAGAGUAUCUGGUUCUAAAACCAGAAGAAGCUAGUCCCUUGGAUUGCAUCAGAAUCUUGUGUUCAAGUGCAUUACAAAAAAGGGAUUUCUUCAAUGCCUCGGAAGAAGCCACCGUGAGAGGAUUUCGACAUCGAUGGAUCAUCUUUUUAUCGGUCGUGAUGCAGAAGCUCUUCCUUUGGUUGAAACAACCUGUGGCGGAGAUAGGGUCACUGCUAGAGCUGUGGCUAAAUUAUCCGUCGUGUAAUGGUGGCUACAGCAUGCUUUUCUUGAAUCUGCUAACAGGAAGAUUGGUGAGACCAGACAAUUCAUCACCAAAUUUCAGAUCAAUUGUUGGAAAUCUGGACACCAGGGUAGAAUUAGACAGGAGCAUUAAAAAUGGUGAUAACCGAUACAUUCCAUCCCUGGCUAUGAUGGCAUCAAAACUGUCCUACGAAAAUAAAGCCUUCAUCCAAAAUGUAAUUAGAGAUCAUUGGCAGAUGAAAUUCUUGGAGUUCUACGACUUUUGGAAUGAUUACGAGGAAAUGAACACCACGAAAGCAAUUAUGUUUGAAGAUACAAGCACCAACAAUAACCUAAUCGUGGUCGCAUUUAGGGGGACAGAACCAUUUGAUACCAUCGCAUGGCGCACAGACAUCGACAUCUCAUGGUACGAGUUUCCAGGCAUCGGAAAAAUCCAUGGAGGAUUCCUCAAAGCUCUAGGUUUACAAAAGAUCGAAGGAUGGCCUAAGAAAAUCCGAUUGAACUCAAACCAAGAGCUCUUUGCUUAUUACACAAUAAGGGAAAAUCUAAAAACCCUAAUCCAUGAUAACAAGAAUGCCAAGUUUAUAUUGACAGGUCACAGCCUCGGAGGGGCAUUGGCAAUUUUAUUUGCAGCUAUAUUAACUAUGCAUGGAGAAGAAAUGUUGUUGGAUAGAUUGGAAGGAGUAUACACAUUUGGCCAGCCAAGAGUAGGAAAUAAGCAAUUUGGGGAGUAUAUGAAGGAAAAAAUGAGAGUAUUUAACGUGAAGUAUUUAAGGUAUGUUUAUUGCAAUGACAUUGUGCCUAGAUUGCCGUACGAUGAUAAAACACUCUUGUUUAGGCACUUUGGGGCAUGCCUAUACUUCAACAGCUGCUACAAGGGGCAGGUUCGAGAGGAAGAACCAAAUAAGAACUACUUCUCGUUGCUAUACAUUUUACCGAAGAUUUUAAAUGCGGUUUACGAGCUGAUUAGGAGUUUAUUAUUCCCUUGGAUAAAGGGUGUGGAAUAUAAAGAAGGUUGGUUUAUGAAAAUAUUUAGGAUUAUUGCAUUGGUGCUUCCUGGAUUAGUAGAUCAUUUUCCUCAAGAUUAUAACAAUUCCGCCAGACUUGGAAAUUUACCUUCAAUAGUUUAUGUCCAAGAACCAAAUGAAAAUCUCAAAGAAGAUUGA